GUCAGAUCUUGGCCGGACUCACUCAGUAAUACGGGUACGCCAUGCUCAUUCAGCCGGCAUCGAGAACAACCACCAUGAACCCGACGAAAUGGCGCAUCUCAAAGGCCUGCCAAGAAUGCCGCGUCAAAAAGAUCAAGUGCAAUGGCCAGACGCCCUGCGAGAGCUGCAAGUUUCGCGGCCUCAAUUGCGUCUAUCGCGAAAAGGCUCGCAAUCGCAUGCGCAAGACCAAACCGCGAAUGGCCGCCUAUGAGAACAUCAUGUCGCAGGAGGCCCAGGAAUCCCCGUCGCUUGAACCGUCCGAGGAUGGAUCAGUCGCCGCGCCGACGCCGAUCCCUGAAGCCGCCGACAUGGCGGACUCGGUCGCUCCGCCCGGCUCCAACAUGGGGAGUGAGCGAAGCAUCAACAACAUGAGCGUGGCCGCUACCCAUCGCGCAUCGCCCUCAUGUCUUCUUCAGCUUUACUAUGGCCCGUCAUCUAAUUUUGCACUACUCAACUCCAUCUACCACCAGAUUGAAGGGACGCGACCCAAGUCCCCACCGCGCGAGGGCGUCGAGGAGGUUGGGCCAGGCCUGGACCUCUUCAGCCAUCGACGAUUGUUCUUCGGUGACUUGGCCGACAACCAGCGGCCAGCAACUAUCUCUGAAGACUAUUCUGCCAUGUUGCUUGAUCCUGACACGGCAAGACGAUUGCUCGAGAGAUAUCUCUUGACGUACUGGCAUGGCAUUCCGGUUCUGGACAAGAAUACGUACAGGCGGCGUCUGGAUAGCUUGUUUCAGCCACCUGGAAUCUUCGACUUUGACUCAUCAGACACCAUAAUAAUAAUGCUGGCCGUAGCACUAGGGGCGUCGAUGACCGGGGAUGAAGCCAUCGCGGAAUUUUUGUUCCAGAAGGCAAAGCAGGGAGCUGCCAAGCUGGAUGAGGUGGUCAACACGCAAGUGGUUCAGAUACACCUCAUGAUGGGUCACUUCCAAUCGGAGAGAGCUAAGCCGAACUCGCAAUUUCUCCACAUCGGCACUGCGGUAAGAAAAGCUGUCGCAGCUGGCUUACAUAAGGACCUCUGCGUUCGCCCCGGUCAAUCCAUGGAGGAUGUAGAACAACGAAGGUUAUUGUUCUGGAGCUUGUAUUUUUGGGAAACCUGGACUUGCUUUGUUGUCGGUCGCCCAAGUUCUAUUCCUGAUCCGGGGUCAAGUAUUCCAGUUCCUAGCGAGCACAAGUUGCUGAUCUCACUCGUCACCCUAUCUCGCAUCAUGUCGAAGUGUGUCCGCCUCAUUUAUAGCCCGCGACAUGACUCACUCCUACCGGUGUGGAACGCGGCAAAUGAGAUCCGUCGCGAGCUACACCGAUUUGCGGAAAGGCAGUCAAAAGACAUGAAAUUCGGCCUCGUCGGAGACGCGAGUACUGGAGAACUUGGGGUUUGCCAAGCUAUGGUGUCUACUAUGUAUCACCACACCCUACUAUUGACAUUCAGGCCGUUCUUGAUUUUGCGAGCAAAGUUGAAGCAUGAUAAUUCCUCAUCUGACGACGGCUCUGCGGAAAACAACCAUACCCCUCCAUCAUGGCUCAACACCGCUUGCGAAUAUUGCCUGGAAGCUGCGAGAAAUUCAAUCGGUUUCUUGACUGGAUCUUGCGCUACCAACGUCUUGUGCCGUGACAUCAAGUACCAUGGCUUCUUCAUCGAAGGCGCAUGCUAUGCUUUGGCCUUUGACAUGUUGCAAGAGAGGAAAUCUGCGCAUCGCAACCUUCCUUGGAUUCACUCGGCACUCAGAUGUCUCCGCUCGAUGGUCACCAGAAGCCAAAGCGGCGGGCAGUUGCCUGUUACGAUUGCAUCAAUCGAACAAAUGGUCCGCUCAGUAUUUCCCGACUUGGAACUGAAGGACCAAGUGGAGCCGGAAGCACGGCAAUCAGAAGCCCAACAAAGCGUCCAUUCCGCCGCGAUGCCGGGUCCCUCGUCCAUAAUCCCAGCUAGUGGGAUCGGCGAGACACCGGCAUUUACGUACCCGUCCAUGCCAUUCGGGUUCGACAUUUCUGGCGGGAUGAACGGGACUUCGCCGUCAUCGGGCUUGCGGUCUGAUGACCAGAUCGACUUCACAGCCGCUGAUGUCGGCUGGGAUAUUGACUUUGGAACUAUGGAUAUGGAGACCUUCCUGUCUCUUGAUGCAAGCCAGACAUUUAACUUCGCUUCCUGAUAAACACGGCCGGCUGUAGUCAUGGACGCAUGGUUCCCGCCCAACAAACGUCAGGGUGGAUCCAGCUGACAUUGAUGUCUCGGGGUUUAGAGCGUCCAGCUUUAAUAAUACUGGCCCAGAUCCGCUGUGAUGGAUUUGUCAGGAAGAUGACGGGCGGCCAAAUGCUGGAAUUCUGCAAUUUGUCGUUCAGUGAUUCGUCGGUGCUGGUCAAUCCCUAUCUUGGUUGAUAGGUCGUGGCGGUGGAAAUACGGUAGAUGGCGGACCUAGAGCGGAUAUCCGGCAGUACGGAUGUAUGAGUAACGAUCGGGUUUGUUGCCGAACUUACAAUCUCAUAUAUACCAUGAGAGUCUAGAUAGAAAUAAUUUAUGAGAAGCAGUUCUUGAG